CAUUUGAUGCCCGCUUGAUCUUCCUCAUUUUUGCACGCUCCUAGAAGGGAGGAGAAAAGGCAGAUUGCAUGAGAAUGUUAAGCAGGGCAAGCUGGAAAAAAUCAGGAGGAUUAAAUUUUUAGAAUGGCGGGGAAGGCUGAGGUCUGGCCCAGCGGGAAAAUUAAAACCGCCCGACUGUGUGCUCUUAAUUCCCCACCCUGAGACCAGUUUAAACUCCUUUCCCUAGAGAUCCCAAGAAGGUGGCAAUUAGAGUUUAGUGGAAGCCCUGAGAUUUGGCAGCUGCUUUUCGUAACUGGGGGUCUUUGCCAUGCCCUCCAGCCUUAGGUGUAGGCUGACCUGCUCCUGCCCGGCCGGCUGCACAGGAAAGUAUCCUGGCAGCUCCUCUGCAUGACGCUGCUGUAAGCCCUGGCUGGCUUUUUAAUCCCACCAGUCUGUCCUUGGGAGGCCAGAGAGAAACCUGGUUGUGGGGAGAAACGGAAGCCUUUCAUGAGCCGGGCCCCGACAGGAGCACCUCUAGAGAGUACCAUGAGCUGGCCAGGUGAGGAAUGGAAGGUGGGGCUGCCGUCCCGGGCCUUGCGGGCCAUCGCCGAGGUGGAGCAGAGGCUGGAGCGCCUGCAGAAGGAGCGGCAGCAGAAACAGGUGCAGCUGGACACCCUCGAGGCCAUGAUGCACAAACAGAGGCAGAAGCACGAUGAGGAACGGGCCUCAUGGGCCCUUCUCUCUCAGGAGAACCGGAGUCUGGCCGAGGCAUGUGAGCAAUUGGAGCGUAGCCGUCAGCGGUUGGCGCAGGAGCUGCAAGCCAAAGAAGCCCAGCUGAGCUGCCUGGAGGCUCAGCUCGCUCAGGCGACCCGACGCCAAACGGAACUGGAAGAAGAGCUGCGUAGGUGCCAAAUCGAACUGGACAAGCUGCAGUCGCAGUCCCACUUGGCCCUCCUGCCCCCCCGCUGGGGUUCCUCCACUCCGUGGGCCGAAGGUAAGAAACCGGAAGAUGAGGAAAGGGCACAGGGUCCUCUUAGGCCAAGCCAGUGAGCAAGAGGCGCCUCUUCCUAUGUCCGGGGAUUAGAGGCUUUGCCAGAUGGAGGUGGAAUUAGCGGCUGAAGAGUCACGGGAAAGAGUCAAGGCAGCGUCUGUG